CCAGCCAUCCAUCUCUCUCUCUCUCUCUCUCUCUCUCUCUCUCUCUCGGUUCAUCAAUGGCGGAAGUCGUGGACCUCCUCCUCUUCUCCUCGCUUUCCGACGACGAAUACUCCUACGAUGCCCCCAAUCCAUCCACCGUCGACCCAUUCCUUCCUUUCGACCACGAUUUCUUCUCCCCCGUCGCUUUCCCCUCUUCGCCGGAGCCCCUGCAGCUCGGCCUUGCCUUCGGCUUCGAUUCCGAUGCGGAAGGGGAUGAAGAUGGUCCCCAAAUCCCUAACUUUCUCGGGGACAGCGAUAGCCGGGAUGAGGAAUUCGAGUGGGAGGAAGUCACCAGCCGGCUGGAUGUCCUCUCGAUGAUGGUCGGCCAUGAUCGGGAUUCCGAUCGGGAUCUUGUUGAGAACGUCGAUUGGGAGGUCCUCUUGGCCGUGAACGACGAGCUUGUCUACGCGUCGGAGUACGAGGUUCUCUCCAGGCAGCACGAUGGAUUCUCGAGAACCGGCACGCCAACGGCGAGGUCGGUGAUUGAGAUGCUUCCUUCGGUCGUGCCCUCGGAGGGCACGUCCUGCGCCGUUUGCAAAGAAGAGUUCUUGUUGGGCGGGGAGGAGGAGGCGAAGAUGUUGCCGUGCUCACAUUGCUAUCACAGUGAAUGCAUUCUCCCAUGGCUGAAGGAGAGGAAUACUUGCCCUGUUUGUAGACGGGAGCUGCCGACCGACGCCGAGGAGUGCGAGGGUUUGAGCAGUGAGUGAUAGGUAUGAUUUCCAGAUGCUCCCCUUAUGCUUAGCAAGAUGUUUUCUUUGAGAAAGAUGAUGGUUUGUUUGGAGUUUGUGAUAAUUGGGAUUUUCCUCUUGCUCUUCUUCAAUUAGGUAAUUGGUAGUGAUAUCAAUGUUUGCUGAGAAAUGUUAUCCAUUUGAGGUCAUUUGGGAUUGUUAACUGAUCUUCAUACCCAUACAUACACCAAUGAACAAAUGUAAAUUUAUCUCCUUUCCUUUUUUUUCAUCCUUUUGUUGUUUGGUUUAAGCUGAUGAAGGGGAUUCCUUGAAUGGAAUUCAUGCGGUUCUUGAUGGUUAAUCCAUUUUCUA